AUGAAGAAGUGGGGCUGGUCGUGGUUAUUACUUGUAUUUCUAUGCUCCCUGCGAGCCUGUCAUCUAUAUUGGCUAUCCACAGCCGACUUGCGAGCAGCACGGAGCGGAUUUCCGUGGCAUCGUUUUCACCAACCUGCUACGCCUGAACCAAGCCCACUCUCACCCGACAAUGACACUACUGUGAUCGACGCAACUCCAUCCAAUCUAUUCUACUUUGCACAGAUUUCUGAUCUGCACUUGUCCAAAUACCGAGCAAGAGGACACACUCUUCAUUUUCUCCACUUUGUCCGCUCCAUCCUUCCGAUCGUCAAACCAAACUUUGUUGUUGUCACAGGAGACCUGACGGAUGCCAAAGAUAGCCGCCUAAUCACAUCACAACAGUACCGAGAAGAAUGGCAAGUAUAUCGCCAGACGAUAGAGCAAGGCGCCAAAGACAUGCCUUGGUAUGACAUGCGUGGGAACCAUGAUUGCUUUGAUCUGCCAUCCUGGCAGUCGCAUGUCAACUACUAUCGGACGCAUGGCAAAAGUGCCGAACAAAUGGAAGCAGGCCAAGGUAUCUACGCAUGGCAGCACACUCCGUCGUACGGCAAAUACCGUUUUGUAGCAAUUGAUGCCUGUCCGAAACGAGGGCCUUCCCGACCCUUCAACUUCUUUGGUUAUCUCACCUCCAAAACAAUGGAUCGACUUGCAGAUGCUCUCCAACCGGAUUCACACUAUAAUCACACGUUCGUUUUUUCACAUUAUCCGACAACCACCAUGGUCUUUGGUCUUGGUGAAGUGCUCAAGUGGUAUGACCCAAACGGCCAUUCUUUGGAGUUAGAACUAGGCGACAUGAUGGUCCACGGUGUUUAUCGUAUUGUUGCGGUCGAUCAUGACCUGAUUUCCUUUGUCGAUGUGGAGCUGCCUCGAAAGCAAUUUGCGCUACACCCUACUGUCCCGCUUCAACCGAACGGCCACAUUCUGUGGCCAGCCACUAUCCACCCAGCACCUAUUGUUCUGAUCACCAAUCCUAAGGAUGCACGCUAUGCGCUCCCACGUAAAGAACCGCUCCAUCGAAUCCAGCAGAGCCAAUAUAUUCGGUUCUUGGUUUUCAGUGAAGCUGCACCACAGGACCUGCAGGUAUCCAUUAUGAUCGACGGCCAGCUUCAUCCUGUGGCUGCUACACCAGCACAUAAGUCAGCUUCAUCACUAGCUACAGCUAAUGUUAAACCCCAUAAUCAGUCAUCGCCGCUCUGGAUCGCACCUUGGGAUCCCAGCCAAUUCAACCAGGCGCGCAUACACACUAUUGAAAUUCGAGUGACCGCACCCGAUGGCCAGGUGGGCAAAUCAUCCAGCGUGUUUAGACUCGACAGCCAUCGGGUCAAAAUAGCCGGCGGGCCGGGUGAGUUCAUCAUCUCAUCAAACAUGGCUAUCGAGGUAAGUGUUUUCCAGUCUAUUGCACUAGCUAUCUCGUAG